AUGGGAGCCUUAAACGGACAAGGCUAUGAAAUGACAGCUUAUGAGCACCAAGUCUCGCCACAUUUGACGAACGUCGAAGGUUCAAUCCAAGACCAAAUUUCAUUAGCUAGAAGCGAGACGACUCAGCUUUAUGGACUCAUCGAGCGUGUGAAGGCCAAAGUCCGCGAUGCAGACUUACCCCAUAUGUCGAAAGGGGUGCCGUCAUUGCGAAAUGGAGGCGUGAACCUGUCCACACAUCUGACUCUAAAUGGUCACAACAACAAAAUAUCAGACUUUGCAUGGUCAUCCGACUCACGAAGCAUCCUUAGCGCAAGCCAAGACGGCUUCAUGAUAAUGUGGGAUGCAGCCUCCGGUUUCAAGAAAAACGCAAUACCACUAGACUCUCAAUGGGUUCUAACAUGUGCCAUCAACCCAACCGGUAACCUGGUUGCCAGUGCUGGCUUGACCAAUAACUGUACCGUGUACCGAGUUUCUCAGGAAAACCGCGUGCAGCAACAAAUUGUAUCAAUAUUCAAAGGGCACACCUGCUACGUCUCCCAAGUAGAAUUCCUUGAUAGUAGUAACAUUAUAACAGCAAGUGGGGAUAUGACGUGUGCCCUAUGGGACAUCCCAAAGGCUAAAAGAGUGAGUGAGUUUUCCGACCAUCUUGGAGACGUUCUGGCGCUAGCGCUACCGCCCGAGUCAAGUCACCGAGGUAAGACUGUUUUUGUCAGCGGUGGAUCCGACGGUUACGCUUAUAUUUGGGAUAUCAGAACGCGAAGUGCCGUUCAGAGUUUCUUUGUGAGUGAAAGUGACGUUAGUACCAUAAAGUUCUUCAACAACGGAGAUGCCAUUGUCACCGGCACAGAUGAUGGUGUGGCUCGCAUGUUUGACUUGCGAAGUGAUUGUGUGGUAGCUAAGUACUCAUUAAGUCAAGGGUUGCACCAACAAGCUAAUUCUCCAACGCAACAAUAUGGCGCAGCUUCUAUGGACUAUGCUGUGUCACCAACCACUAAUCCUUCCUUGUCACGGGCUGCACAAAGCGCAAACUCCACAUACCUCAACAACCAGGGUCUGGUAUCGUUAGAUUUUAGCGGGUCUGGACGAUUGAUGCAUGCGUGUUAUACAGAUUAUGGAUGCGUUAUAUGGGAUACCCUUAAAGCGGAGAUUGUUGGGAAGCUGGAGGGACACUCCAGCAGAAUAUCGGGCGUAAAAACUAGCCCUGAUGGAAUGGCCGUAUGCACUGGAUCGUGGGAUGCUACUUUGAAGCUGUGGUCGCCAGCAUAUAUGUAG